CAUUGCGCAACUUUGUUUUCAAAUAUCCGGCAAUCGCAAUCGAGAAGAUUACAUAUAUCAGUAAUCUUCUCCGUUAAUUAUUGAUAAUUUUUAAAAACAUUAUGUGUUUUUAUAACUUAAAGCGUAUUGCAAAAUUUGAAAGUCUUUCUUUAUAACUAUUGGAAAGUUUUGUUAACCCUUUGAUUUUUUUUAACGGAACAUCAAAACAAAGCUGUGAUGCAAAAUCCAGAAAAUAAACCAUCUACUAUUCCAUAUCCUUAUAUAGCAACUUUAGAAGACCAUUUGAAAAGGAAUAAAACACUAAAUAAUGUUCUAUUCAAUAUAUUGGACAAGCAAACAAAUCAAUUUUCUUUUGUUAUGGACCUCUUUUAUAACAGUCAUCAGAAAUAUCCCAAGAAGGGAAAACCUGGUAAACUACCCAUUGCCAUCCUAGAAUCUUUUAAAGAUUGGUGUAAAAGUAGAAAUAUUUCAAAUUUACCAACAAAAAGACAAAAAAUUGAGGCAUUGAACAAAGUAUUGCUGUUUUCAAGUGCUAAUUGUAUUAAACUCGUUUGUGAAAUUUUUCAUUUAGAAGAAGAAAAAGAACAUGUGAAAUAUGUUGCAAGCCGUUUGUUGUCAGAAAAGAGAUUUAUGGCGGGAUACCAUCUUAUAUCAGCUUUAAAUCUAGAAAGUGAAAUUCCAUUAGAAAGUUGUGUUUUUCCAUUGUUCUUCCUUGGACAUGACUCAUGUGUAAAGGCUUAUUUGAACAAGACUCCACAUUUGCAAUCCCAUUUCAUUAGGACUCUGGAUAACUUAAGUAAAAAUGGAUUUGUUCUUCGGGAGUUUGUUGAUUCUUUGGGCAUUGAAAGUGUCAAACCAAAGGGCAUGAUAAUUGAUACAAAAUGGGUUCUGAAAAGAUUUCCAUCCCUCAUCGAAUACUUCAAUAUUAACAUUAAGGACUGUCCGAACUUGUAUCACACCCGAGUCGGUGGAGCUAUGGCAUAUCUGUUUCGUAGGAUGUAUUAUGAAGAGUCUAUAGAUUAUGAACCUUGGGAAGAGAUGAUGUUUGACACUGUGAAAGACCAUUUGGGUGUUCAAAAGGCGCUUUUAGUUAAAUUAAUAAACAUCAAUGAAUUUGCUGUUGCCUUUAGAUUUGCAGAACUCUUCAGAAUGAACAAGAAUGAUUGGCCUGAUAUUAUGAAAACUGUGCCCUAUCCUGGACCUAUAUUCCCUAUAGUGAAAACAAAUCCAAUUCCUGAUAACUACAUUGAUUAUCUAGCAUUGCGACUCAAUCGAUCUGAUGUUCAUUUGGUGGAUACUCCAGAAAAAUUGAUAGAAGCUGUAGAUGACAUAUCAGAAAAUUAUAAUAUGGUUGGUUUAGACUGUGAAUGGAAACCUAGCCUUGGUAUUUUCAAAGAAAAAGCAGCUUUAUGUCAGCUUGCCGUAUGGGAUUCAGUUUACCUUUUUGACAUUUUAGCCUUAAAGGAAUAUCAGUCUAAGCAAAUUUGGGAGUAUUUGCUCAGGAAGAUAUUUUAUAAUGAAGAAAUUACAAAACUAGGCUAUGGUGGCAUAAAUGAUUUAAAAGUUUUGAUAGAAACAAUUGGUUAUGAGAAGGAAAGUAAACAGGAUUACCGUAGUGUGGUGGACCUAUUAGCAUUUUUUAAAAAGCUCAAAACACAUUAUCCUGAAAUUUCUGAAGAGAUUGAAAAUUGGCAUCCUUCACUUGGUGAUGAUCAGAAAGGACUGAGUCAGCUUUGCAAAACUGUACUUGGAAGACCUUUAGACAAAGCUGAGCAGUUUUCUAAUUGGGAAAAGCGUCCUUUAAGAGAAAGGCAGAUUUUUUAUGCAGCUUUGGAUGCAUACUGUCUGUUGAUGAUAUAUGAAAAAAUAUAUCCAGUUUUGAAGAAACAUGGACUUGAUUUAAAUAAAGUUCUGCAAACAAAACAGACUCCUUUCAAGGCCCAAAAACCCAAAGCAGUAGUUCAAUCAAAGCUUUCAAAUGAACCUUUGGCUAUCAAAGAUUUUAAGGUUGUUGUUGAUACUACUGUUGGCGGUGUCACAAAAUAUCUGCGACUGUUAGGAGCUGAUGUUGUAACUUUGAAUGAAGGAGAUGAUCAUAUGCGUGCUGUACAGAUUGCUCAGUGUGAAAGGCGUGUUAUAAUAACUGCUGGUGCAGCAUACAAAAAACUGAGUGGUUAUGUUCCUCCUGGUAUGUGUUUUUGUGUGGAUAAUUUAUUAAUGGCCAAACAACAAGUUUCUCAAAUCUUGGACUAUUACAAAGUGGAGUGCCAGGAUUCCGAUAUAUUCUCACGAUGCACAAUGUGCAACGAAAGCAAUUACAUCCACGUCCAGGAUGAUGAGCUUCUUUCUCUCUGGACCAAGUUCGUGGGAUUUGACGCCGACAUGAAGACCAUCGGUAAAAAGAACAGCACUGUCUACCACUGCAGCAUCACUGAUAUGGAUGGUCGCAAUCACGAGAAUGUGCCCAUCCAGUUGGCAGCAUUCACACCUCAAGUAUUCGAGCACAUCCGACAGUUCUUAUUGUGCGCAGGCUGUGGCAAAGUGUACUGGGAAGGCAGCCACCUGUCGCGUGUAAAGAAGAGUAUGUCCCAGUAUGUAGAUGUCAGGAAUAACAACAAGAGUAUUUACAAAAGCCUUUUAGGAGAGUUUGGAAGUGAUGACGAAGAAAAAACUCAAGAAACAGCAGCAGUUGCGUCACAGAAUUCUCGCUAGCUCCGUUAUUUGUUCAUAUUUUCAAAAUUAAACAUAGCAGAUUGCAAAAUCGAAACAGAAGGAAAGAUGUUAUCUCUGGUGUUGUUGAAGAAAAAAGAAGAUGCCUCGUGAAAUAGUGCCGAGUCAUAUCGGAGGGGUGGGGGGGUGAGAAACUUUUACCUAUUUCUCCCCCUCUGCAACUGUUUCUGCUUAUGUGGAACGAAGAAAUUUUUCUCACUUUAUUUAAGAUAAGAGCAUAUGAUUUUAUUUGAACAAUUGUUUUUGAUCUCUUGAAAUUGUUGUAAUCCACAAAAAUACCUCAGUUCAUGAAUUUAUUGUUAAUAAUUUUUGUGACAUUUAUGUAUCAGAUUUUAAAUUUUGUACUUAUC